CUAACCUGUUCUCCCCAGCUUCGAAUUAUUCUCUGUAUGGUCGAACAUCUUACUCCACAAAUAACUUAAGUGCUGCAGUUGUCUUACCCAAAUACCUGAACUCAGCUUGUCCCGAGUACUGCGAUCCCGUGUACUCUAAUGGGAAUAUAGUUAACCCAGCUAGUAUGAGGUCCCCAGUACACAGCAGCUCCAAGAUCAAGGCGACUGAGUAACACUGCUUGCCUAGACUCAGGACAAGUUCGGAGAGUGAUCCUAGGGUUAUUUUAGAACGUGUCCUUUGCUUCCCACAAAAAUUCGGUCGUUAACUCGAGCCCGGAUGCCCACGAUCUUUCGGAUCAGGUGAGCUAAAGCUUCAAUGCCUUGAGGGGCUUGGCAGGGCUGGGGCUCAUCCCGGAGAAGCAGCCCCACUUUCCAGACCAGCAGUUCCCAGGGAUGGGUGUGUGCUAAUCGCAGGCCGACAAGUCCACCGCGGUACAGCGGUUCCAUUGUGACGGAAGGCAAGAAACCCCGCCUCCACCCCCUGACGCAGCGCGGGCCCCGCCCCGCGCGUGACGCCAGCGUCAGGCCAGCCCCGGCAUGCUCCGCGGCCGCCCGCGGUCGAGCGCCGACAACAGGAAUUUUUCCCGAGAGCGGCCCGGGCUCAGUUCAGCUGCUGUCCAGACCCGGAUCGGCGACACUGCCGCCUCCAGACGUUCUCCUGCCGCUCGCCCGCCCGUCCGAGCGCCCCCAGCCCUCCCACGAGGGCGCCCCGGGACGGAAGGAUCCACCAGUCUGUCGGCGCCCGCCGUUCUCGUGGUCGCCGUCGCCGUCGUCGUGGUGGUAGUCUCCGCCGUCGCCUGGGCCAUGGCCAAUUACAUCCACGUCCCUCCCGGCUCCCCGGAGGUGCCCAAACUGAACGUCACCGUUCAGGAUCAGGAGGAGCAGCGCUGCCGGGAGGGAGCCCUGAGCCUCCUGCAACACCUGCGGCCUCACUGGGACCCCCAGGAGGUGACCCUGCAGCUCUUCACAGACGGAAUCACAAAUAAACUUAUUGGCUGUUACGUGGGAAAUACCAUGGAGGAUGUAGUCCUGGUGAGAAUUUAUGGCAAUAAGACUGAGUUAUUAGUCGAUCGAGAUGAGGAGGUAAAGAGUUUUCGAGUGUUGCAGGCUCAUGGGUGUGCACCACAACUCUACUGUACCUUCAAUAAUGGACUAUGCUAUGAGUUUAUACAAGGAGAAGCAUUGGAUCCAAAGCAUGUCUGCAAUCCAGCCAUUUUCAGGCUAAUAGCUCGUCAGCUUGCUAAAAUCCAUGCUAUCCAUGCACACAAUGGCUGGAUCCCCAAAUCUAAUCUUUGGCUAAAGAUGGGAAAGUAUUUCUCUCUCAUUCCCACAGGAUUUGCAGAUGAAGACAUUAAUAAAAGGUUCCUAAGUGAUAUCCCAAGCUCUCAGAUUCUUCAGGAAGAGAUGACUUGGAUGAAGGAGAUUCUUUCCAACCUGGGCUCACCUGUUGUGCUUUGCCAUAAUGACCUAUUGUGUAAGAAUAUAAUCUACAAUGAGAAACAAGGUGAUGUACAGUUCAUUGAUUAUGAAUAUUCUGGAUACAACUACCUGGCAUAUGACAUUGGAAAUCAUUUCAAUGAAUUUGCAGGUGUAAGUGAUGUAGACUAUAGUCUGUAUCCAGAUAGAGAACUCCAGAGCCAGUGGCUGCGUGCUUACCUUGAAGCCUACAAAGAAUUUAAGGGCUUUGGGACUGAAGUUACUGAAAAGGAGGUAGAAAUACUCUUCAUUCAAGUCAAUCAGUUUGCAUUGGCUUCGCAUUUCUUUUGGGGAUUGUGGGCUUUGAUUCAAGCCAAAUACUCCACUAUUGAGUUUGAUUUCCUUGGGUAUGCAAUUGUUCGUUUUAACCAGUACUUUAAAAUGAAGCCUGAGGUUACUGCAUUAAAAGUGCCUGAGUAAAGAAGAGAUUUAAUUAUUCUCCAGUAGCUGAGCAAUGCUUGUGAAUCUUUUCUUAAGAAAUCCCAAAAAGCCAAUAUUAGUUAAAAUUCUGUUAUUUAAUUUGGUUAUCUUGCUUUAUAAAUUAUGCCUCUAAACAAUCAAUCUAUUUUUUAAAUAGACUGAAUGAUGUCAAGAAAUAUACCUACUGCUCUCAGUAUGUGGUGGAUUAGAAAUGUGUUAAAUCUGCAAAAGGUAUAAAGAUGUCAGUUUAAGCAUUUCUUUGAUAAUUUAACCUAUGUUGUAUGUGAAUUAUUUAUUAUAAACUUAACAGGAUUCUGUGACUGUUUUUCUCUGUUUCAUGUUUGUUGAGUGUAAGCAAUGAAAAUGUCCCAGAUAAAUUGUUUUCAGUUUUACUUUAAUAUUAAUUUCAGUAAACAUUCUAGUUGUUCAAUGUAACCUUUUUAUCUUGAUGCAUUGUAAGUAAAAUGAAUCAUUUACUCUUGAAAUGCCAGUCAUUGACUGAUGUAGAUAGUUUAGGAUUUUCAUAUAAAAAUAUCUGUUUAGGAAGGUGAAAUACAUUCACUGUCUCUGUUGGUGGUACAUCUUGUUGAAUUCAAUAUUAGAAAGUAUUUCUUUUUGGGGUAAUAUAACUUAGAAUUAAAUCCCCAUUUCUCUAUGUAGUCUGGCAGUAUAAAUAUAAAUAUUUACCAUAUAAUCUUGGAAUAAGUAUGAGUUAAUGUUACCAAAAUCUGUAUUAAAUAAUGUUUUCAAAUGCUAAAUAUGAUCAAGUUACUAUUUUCAGUUUUGAAAAUUUUACAGUAUCAAAUUCUUUCUAACCAAAAAUUUUCUUUUACUUUUAGAGGUGCUUUAUGUUUUUGAUUAUUAGUCAGUAGUAUUGCUAAUUUUUAAAACAAAUAUACAAAGUUUAUCAUAUGUGGAAAUAAGAAAAUAUUGUUUAGGUUAAUUAUUUUUUACCUAUCCAGAGUCAUUCCUUGCAUUUCAAUUUCAUGUUUUAGUUUCAUGUUUCAUUCCUUACAUUUUAGUUUCAUGUUUUAGUUUGGUUCUAUGUUUUUAGAAUGAUAGCAAAUGAUUACUUGAUACAUGUAAGUUCAGCGUUAUAUGUUGAGGCAGUUAUAUAAUUAAAUAAGGAACACUUAGGGCAUUGAUCUUGUACACUUAAAAUCUGACAGAUGACAAAAUGUGAAUUAAGCAGAAAUAGUCAUGGCAGGAGGGCUUUUGUUUAUUUCUCUUGUUUUUGUUUAACUGUAUUUUUAAUUUAGUUUGGUGGUAAGAGGAGGUAAUUAUUGUAUGGAAAGAAGUUAGAUCUUUCAGAUAGAUAAAUAGGCUUCAGGUUUUGGAGUCUGCUGUUGUAGUUGGGCAGUCAUGGUUAACUUUACUUAGAAAAUUAGUCUGACAAGCUUUGCACUUCGGUCACAUAAGUGCCCAUGUACAAAGUUGGCUUACUGGAUCUGCAUAUUCAAAAUAUGCAACUACUAAUUUAUCCUCUGAGAAAUCUUCUGAGGAGUCUGAUGUAUUCCAAAUGACUUAAUAUUCUCAGACAAAUGCUUUAAAAUACUUGGAUUAUCUCAAGAUUUUUAAAGCUAAUAAAGUAAGUAGAAACACAGGCCAUUUUAAAUGGUAAAUUCUAGUUACAUAAAUAGAAUCUUAAAACAUGUUUGUAUCUAUAACAGUGUUAGACCAGAUUUGGUUUCUACCUCCCCAAUGUUAUAAAUGUUCACUUUUGUUUUUAUAAACCAUAUUACUGUAAGAUCAAUAGAACUUUGCCUAGUUGAUUAAGUGAAUGGAACCAAUUAAACAACUAGUAGCUUUUUAUAAUGUUAGUGUGAACUUGAAAAAUUGUUUUUGGUGGAAUUUUUGUCUAUAGUUGGAACAUUUUCAUAAAACAGAUAAAGAAUGUGUAAUACCCUUGAAUUUUUUUUUUCUUUCUGCCUUCUAAAGUGCAACAGUAUGUAUCUUGUAGAACUGUAGGAGGAGAGAAGAUAAUUUUUCUACCUUACUCCAUAUUCUUACUUCAAACUAUUUUGAAUAGAGAUUCACUGAGCCAUUGCUGAUAGACUGUGCGUAGCUACUAGCUGUCACACUAUUGUUAAGUUUUUUGGAGAGAUUCAUAGGGAAGUGAAUGUAACCAGGAAUAAAGGCUCUCACUUUAGCUCUGGGAAUAUGCGGUGGAUCUUGGGAACAAAAUAAGAUACUUAAUCUAUUUUCCCUACUCUGGCUAGAUUUUGGGUGUUGUGAUGCUCCUACUUCCUGUAUAGGUUUUUGGGAUCGUGGUGCAGGCUAGUAAUAGGGUUCAGAAUUGCUUCCCUUUUAUAUCAACCACUUAAGGGAUUCUAAAGAAGGGUAAAUCUCAAAGUGCUCUAAAAUCAUCCCUCUAAAAUUUGUCCUGUGGUGUGCUGAGAUGUCUGUUGCCUUUUUAUGUUAAGCUAAGGAACUUGAAUGCCUUACCUAAUAACUCAACUAGUAGUAAGCUCAUUUUGUAAAUAUGAAAAUGGCUGUAAGAAGUGGCAUUCAUGUAUAUUCAAUGUUAGUCAAUAGACCAUAGUGGCCUGGAUGCUUUAACAAGCAAAAUUCCGCAAUUUUUUUCAUUUUUUCCCCUUCAUACUUGUAUGAUCUCACCUGACCAGUGAUUUUUUUUUCCUCCUAACCCCAUGCUACCACCUUAUUCUGGAAAUCAAAAGAGAUGUGGUAGUAAAUCAUACAGUACACAUGAUCAUCUGAGAUCAGUAUGAGCACAAAACUCAUCAAGUAGGUCUGCCUGGAAUGUAUAUAAAAUAAUGUAAAUAAAAAUUUGUAAAUUAGUG